ACAACACAUAUAAAAACGUAUAACAGUAUUGUCGAUGGCGUCGGUCAUCAAAUGCCAUUAAUUAGUGGAAUAUAUCAAUAAAUUUAAUACAAUUGAACCACAAUUCCAAUGUGUCUUCAUUUAUUGUCUACUGUUGUGGUAUGUCUGCCAAUGUUCAUCACCACAAAUACACAUUAGAUUAUCACCAAAGAUGUCGGGCUUAAGAGAUGGCAACAAUCAAGACAUCCACCAACACUCCUAUCAAUACGUCGGGCCGUAUAGACUGGAGAAGACACUCGGCAAAGGACAGACUGGAUUAGUCAAAAUGGGUGUGCAUUGUGUGACCGGUAAGAAAGUGGCCGUAAAAAUAGUCAAUCGGGAAAAACUAUCCGAAAGUGUCCUCCAAAAGGUGGAAAGAGAGAUAGCGAUAAUGAAGUUGAUAGAGCACCCACAUGUUUUAGGACUAUACGAUGUUUAUGAAAAUAAGAAAUACCUGUACCUAAUCCUAGAGCACGUAUGCGGUGGAGAAUUGUUUGACUAUUUAGUAAAGAAGGGUCGGUUGACCCCCAAAGAGGCCCGUCGUUUCUUUCGGCAAAUCAUAUCCGCCCUCGACUUCUGUCACAGCCAUUCCAUAUGUCAUCGAGACUUAAAACCUGAAAAUCUAUUAUUGGACGACAAAAAUAACAUAAAGAUAGCCGACUUCGGAAUGGCAUCCCUUCAGAUGGAGGGCUCAAUGUUGGAAACGUCGUGCGGAAGUCCUCACUACGCGUCGCCUGAAAUCAUUAGAGGAGAGAAAUAUGACGGACGACAGGCAGAUGUCUGGUCCGUUGGUGUUAUACUGUAUGCCCUAUUAGUGGGUGCCUUACCUUUCGAUGACGAUAAUCUCAGACAAUUGCUUGAAAAAGUCAAAAGGGGUGUCUUUCAUAUCCCCCAUUUCGUGCCCCCUGAAUGUCAAGAUCUUCUCCGUACAAUGAUUGAAGUCAAUGCAAACAAACGUAUUUCCCUAGCACUGGUAACUCGACAUCCAUGGGUAACAUCGGGCAGCAAAAGUGAACUCGAGUUAGAAUUACCGAUGAAAGAAGUGGUUCAGACUCACAUAAUUCCUAAUGUCGAUGACAUAGACCCCGACGUCUUAACAAAUAUGACAUCUUUGGGCUGUUUUAAGGACAAGGAAAAGCUUUUAAGAGACUUACUCAUCGCUACUCACAACACCGAAAAAGUUAUAUAUUUUUUAUUAUUGGACCGCAAGAGACGUAAGCCUUGUUUUGAAGACGAAACCGAAUCCAUUAUAAGAAAUCGAUCGGAAUCUGCUGAUCCGCCGCGAAAACGAGUUGAUGUUCGGCCCAAUUCAUCGACUCCGAGACAUACCUCUGAUUUACUUUCGGACGGAUCGCCAAUUACUCCGAGAAGAUUUCCCUAUGGCGUCAAUUCCUCGACAAAACUAUAUAUAAACUGUACUCCAAUUCAUAAUAGAAGAAACAUUAAUAGGAGGACAACUAAUGGCACUACAAAUAACUUAUUAGUUUCACCCUUGAAUUCCCCGAAACCUCAUCGGACAUCAAAUAAUAGUGAAGAGCUUAUGGAAACACCUCCCGGUUCGCCACUCUCUCAGCCCUAUUGGAAGUCACGGCUCAAUACACUUAAAAAUAGUUUUCUUGGAAGUCCUCGAUUUCAUCGACGAAAACUUCAGGUUCCCCUCUACGAUGACAUUGGUUUAACACCGGAGUCAUCUCCAGAACUCACAAAGAAGUCAUGGUUUGGCAGUUUAAUGGGCACAGAGAGAGAUGAAACACACGUUUUAUUAAUCAAAGAUCGUCCGCUGUCUGCCAUAAAAGCAGAUCUCAUUCAUGCAUUUCUUUCGAUAUCAGAUUUAAGUCAUUCCGUGUUAUCGCCGAUGUCUUUUCGCGUUGAAUAUAAGAGACCGGGCGGUACAGCCAUGUUUCAGAGGAAUGUCCGCUUCCAUGUCGACAUCACAUGUGCCACACCACCGGCUGAUAAUCAGACUAAUGGUAGCCUUGAUAUUAGUGCUGAUAAGCCCACCAUAUAUUGCAUUACAUUUACAUUAAUUUCAGGUCCGUUACGCCGUUUUAAACGUAUCUGUGAUCACAUUCAGGCACAAGUUAUGGGAAGAAGAGCUGCGAGUCAACACUCGCCAAGAAUUAGUCGACGGCCAACAAGAGAGUUAAGUGACACCAGUUCUUGUGGUUCGUGCGGAUCCGAUAGUCUCUCACCAACGCCUACACGUCUACACGUAUCUGAAGAUACAGUCAGUUUGGCAGCCGCUGUGGUCAACACGAGUACAACCAAUCUAACGGGUGCUUUGUCCCGAUGUAAGUCAGACCAGGACGCAGCUAAAGACAUCUUUGAAAGAGAAACCAAUCGUCUCAGUGAAAGAAGACAAGAGAGCGUCCGACUCAUCAAUAAUAUAACAAACGGAAGGCGUCUUAGUUUAGAGCCUAAGCUGCAAACGGAUAAAGUAUGAGACGAUUAUCCCAUUCAACCCCAACUAUGAUCUCAAUAUUGGCGCUCAAUUAGAUGUAUACCAAUUGGACUGCAAAUUAAGUGUAAUUG